UCAAGUCAUUGUCUUGCUUGUUGUGAGCUUGAUAGUUUGGUGGGGUGUGCAGGUCCUGUAGCUUGCAGCCUCGAGCGCAAGGCGACGAACACCUCCAAACUUCACCCAAACGUAAUGGACCUAGUCUUACUUUGUCGCGGUUUUGAGCCUUGAUUUUGACUAAAAAUAUAAGAUAGACAUUUGCUUUCAUUCUCAUAGCUUCAUAUUCCAGAUAUUUAUGACACCAAUUUUGUCCUCACAUUUGGACGACAUCUAAGUCUCCUUCUACCAAGCAAUCCAGCCUUGCGAAAAAUUCUCCGCCUAUCCACACCAACCUCAACCGCAGUUCAGUUGGACAUCGAAAUUAACAUCUCCAUCCCCUCCUCCCAAAACCAAACAAUUACCACCCAAUUACACCCCAAUUACACCGCAAACAUGCCCCUCACAAACGCCAUCCACGAAUCCCUCCCCUACAUCGACACCGAACCCACCGCCUCCGAACGCGCCGCAGCACUCUCCCUCAUCGCCUCUGAAGCAUCCUCCUCCUCCCAACCCUCAGACGACACAGAAAGCCACAGCUCUCUCCCUCCCCUCCCACCAGCAAACUUCUCCCCCCUCAUAACCUCCGAACUCGAACGUAUCGCAUCCAAGACCCCCCUAAAGUCAAUAACAACCACACACUACGAAUCGCAAGACCCUCCCACCACCUCCCCCCAUUCAGACACCACCUCCCCCGAAACGCUCCAGAAAUGGCGCUCCGCUCUACAAAACGCCUACACAUCUCAAUCGUACCUCGAAGGCCGCGUAGCUAACCUCGGCUUACUGGAGAAAUACGGGAAGAAUGCCUGGUUGGAAGGGAAUAGGCAAUUGGAGGAUGUGUUGAGGAGUUUGGAGAGGGAGCUGGAGGAGCGGAAGGGGGAGAUUGAUGGUGUUGUUAUUGAGAGGAAGAGGGCGCAGGAGGAGGUCGGCGGCGAGAUUAAGGGGUUGGAGGAGACGUGGAGGAGGGGUGUGGGUAGAGUACUGGAGACAGAGGUUGCUGCUGAGGGGGUGAGGAGAGAGAUUUUGGAGAGUAGGAGAGACGGAGCUUUGUGAUGGAGGCUGUGAGAAGGAUUGGUAGGUGUGGAUGGGCUUUUGUGAAGGCUGUACGAGUAUCAUAGUUCUGGCGCUUUGCAUGGAUUGGCGUUCUGAAGAAGCUAAAAAGGCUACCUUCCAGGCUCAAGGAUUCUCGAAACAGAGGCGGUUUAGGUUUUAUCAAGAAGAAAAUGUACACGAGCAAAAGACUUCUGUUAC